GGAGAAGUGUUUCAACAGUGUCUCAACAGCUCAUCUACACACGCUCAGACUGUUGCCAAAGCUAAAUACCAGUUUCUCUUUGGAAAUACAGAGGACACAAACACAUCAGACCCCGUCACCUCACCAUCUUCAGCAAAAGAGGAAAACAGCACAGGUCUUGAUUCUGUUGUAGAAGAUGUGGAGGACAUCGAUGAGAUUUCACUCUUCCAGGAGAUUGACAGCGAGCUGUCCAACCUGUUGAGCGGCCUGACCGCUCGCUAUCAGCAUGCUGUGGCCCAACAGAGCGCAACGUCAGGAGACGCCGCCGCCUCGCCCAUGAUCCUCUGCGACGAAGACAAGGAAACGGCGUCUAAGAUGGAUAUGGCCAAUCAGGGCUUAGACCUUCAGAACGGUCAGUCCGAGUUAGCGGGGGAGUCUCUCCUGACGUCUGGCCUGUUGUUUGACUCGUGGUGUGAGGCGCUCAUAAAGGACCCGGGCUCGAUGGUGGACGAGCUGAGCUGUUUCAGCGUCAGACCCGGUGAAGACACCCAGAGCACACCGGGUGGCCAAAGUAAACCGGACGUCAACCCGACUCACGCUGGAAAUGAGAUGAGAGCCAUUGAAGGCCUUUCUGAAGAUUCCUCAACGGGACUCAUAGACGAGUCUCUAGAAGAAUCCAGUAAAAUCCUGGCCGAGGUCCCGGGGAUCUUUAGUGCCUUUCUGGAAGGAAGCAAACCCCGUGAGAAACCAACGAAGAAGCUGCGUUUUGAAGAGAGCAGGGAGGAGAGUCUGCUGAAUGGAAAGAAGAUGCAGAACGGAGCAGAAGUGAACAGUAAUGUGAAAGAGGAAGCGAGUCAUGACAUACAGAGUACAGAAGUCAGAGAUACACCAGAUGAUCAACUACACAAACCGACGGACCAACACGAUACAGACAGAUGUUCAGAAGGUCAAUCCGGUGAGAGCGACACCACAGAUGUCUUCAGCUGUCAGUUUGAGACCAUCCUGGAGUCAGAGCGUACUGUCUAUAGCAGCAUGGACUCGCUGGACACCGUGUCCAACCCUGUACCUGAACCCUCGUUCGCAUUUGACAUUCCCCUCACGCCCAUGAUCCAGCAGCGACUGAAGGACAGAAGUCUGUUCCUGAACUCCGGUUCAGACGCUGAAGUGUUGAGCGUCACGGCCACACAGAAGAGCGGUCGACCGGCUCUGGAGUUGACCUCAUCGUUUCUCUCGGCGGGCUGCGAGGAUCCCAGUGCGCCCGGUCACUGCGGGUCAACUCUGUCAAAUGGAUUGAUGAAUGAGAAAGAGUCCAGAGAUUGGCUGCAGGGCUGCCUAAGCAGCGAUGCAGGGCUCAAGGACCCGCUGACAGACUGGGACUCGGUCAUGGACUCUGAUGAAUGUCUUAAAGACACAGAUGGUCUCCACAAUGGAAGCCGCAGCGACCAUGAAGCUGCCCAGCGCCUGGCCAAACGUCUCUUCCACCUAGAGGGUUUUCGCCGCUCGGAUGUCGCCAAACAUCUGGGCAAGAACAAUGACUUCAGUAAGAUGGUCGCAGAAGAGUACCUCACAUUCUUUGAGUUUACAGGCAUGGAGUUGGACCAAUCUCUCAGAUGUUUUCUGAGAGCGUUCUCACUGAUGGGUGAAACUCAGGAGAGGGAGCGGGUGUUAAUUCAUUUUUCUAAUCGCUACUAUCAGUGUAACCCCACCAUCAUCACCACACAAGAUGAAGUUCAUUGUCUAACGUGUGCACUAAUGCUGCUCAAUACUGACCUUCAUGGCCAUAAUAUUGGAAAGAAGAUGACGUGCCAGGAGUUCAUCAAUAACCUGGACGGGCUCAACGGAGGACAAGAUUUCCCACGAGAACUGCUGAAGUCGCUGUAUAACUCCAUCAAGAAUGAGAAACUGGAAUGGGCUGUUGAUGGAGAUGAGCUGAAGAAGUCUCUAUCUGAGCUGGUGGAUAAGAAUGAUCAGACUCACACUAAAAGCAUCAGUCGCAUCAGCAGCGGCAGUAAUCCCUUUCUGGACAUCGCUCAUGAUCCCAAUGCUGCCGUCUACAAAACCGGAUUCCUGGCCCGAAAAAUCCAUGCCGACAUGGACGGCAAGAAAACACCGAGAGGAAAGCGAGGCUGGAAGACUUUUUAUGCCGUUCUGAAGGGCAUGAUCCUUUAUUUACAGAAGGAUGAAUAUAAGCCAGAGAAAUCUCUAUCAGAGGACGAUCUGAAGAACGCCAUCAGUGUCCAUCACGCUCUCGCCGUCAAACCUGUGGACUACGAGAAGAAGCCCAAUGUCCUGAAGCUGAAGACUGCUGACUGGAGAGUUUUUCUCUUUCAGGCCCAGAGUCCUGAGGAAAUGGAGUCCUGGAUGAGAAUAAUCAACUCCGUGGCGGCCAUGUUUUCUGCCCCAUCUUUCCCCGCUGCCAUUGGCUCACAGAAGAAAUUCAGCCGCCCGCUGCUGCCGGCGACCACCACCCGAAUGUCUCAGGAAGAACAGCUGAAGUCUCACGAGGCGAAACUGAAGCAUGUUUCCACAGAGUUAGCCGAGCACAGGUCCUAUCCUCCAGACAAGAAGGUCAAAGCCAAAGAGAUCGAUGAGUACCGCUUGAAAGAGCACUACCUGGAGUUUGAGGAGAGCCGUUAUGAGAUGUACGUGAAACUUCUGAAGGAGGGAGUGAAGGAAGUCCUGAUGGCACGAGACAGCGACGCAGCGCUGAAGAAAUCUCAAUCCAGUCCUUCUCUUAACCAAGAGUCCCAACCGGCUGCGGCUAAAGUCAAACGCAACACGUCUGAACGAAAGGAGCACAGGCCUGAGACACCCAAGGUUACAUAGACCAUCUGUACAUCACCUGUGACUGUAAAUCUGAUGUCAUUUAUUUAUCAGUCAACAGAUCUAUCAGAAACGUUUGUGUGAAAUAUAAAUCGAUCAUUUGAUGGAGGUCUCCCUCGACCAGCACCGGUGCUUGUGGGGAAAAUAGUGCAGAACGUCACAAACGUGAUUAUAUUUGUUCGUGUGUAAAGAUUUGCUUUGAGAUAUAUGUGCUGUCUCCUCUUUAGUUUUUCUUUCUUUAAGAGCAGUAUUUAGUAGAAUGUCCACAUUAGUUGUAGAAAUGUAUUCCCUAAUUGAAGGAAGCUGUUAGUUCAUCAUAUAAAUUCAGUGACAUAAUCACACAAGGUUUCCUACGAUCUUUCACAAGAUCCGUUCAGAUUUCAGUGCAUGAGUACAAUACUGAAUUUAUGAAACCUUUCGUUGUGGUUAGUUGUAUAUUCAAUUUACUAACCCACUACUAACAAUCCAGUUCUCAAUAUAUAGACAUAUAUAGACGCAUACACACAGUUAAUGUAUGAUACCAGCAUGUGGACAGAAACUCUAAAUAGAUUUUAUAAUAAUGAUGAUGAUUUCCAGGUACGUGCUGAGUUACGGCAUUUUCAGACAGCGGUCUGUGCCAUUUAUUUUUCUAUCUGUUGAAUUCAAUCCUUUGCUUUUUGAGUCGUGUAAAUGCCAAAAUGCUCUUUGUUUGUGUUUUAUAUACAUUUAGAUUUGAAUUCUUGAUUUCAGUACAUUAUUGUUGUAAAGAUGACGGUAGUAUUUAUAGUGCACUUUAUGACUUUAUUCAUUGGAGUAUUGUAGAGAUAUAGCUUUAUAAAGGCUAGAGUUACGUUACGUCGUUUUAUCGCAGUUUGUUUGUUUGUUUCUCGUUUAGUUUUUUUAAGCAUAACCAAAUGAUGUUGCUGUUAUUGAAGGUACACGUGUAGACUUGUGUUCGUUUGUCUCGUAGUGAUCUCGUGUUUUUACUCUCAUGUUUAGGUUUUUGAAAGACAUUUAGGUUCGGUACUUUGAUCCUGAUGUUGACAUUUAUACACAGAAAGAGUCGGCGUAAACGUUUUAGGAACGGUUUAUUGCACAUCAACGUUAUGUUCGCUACAUUUUUGUUUGUUUUUGUUGAGUGUUUAAAGGAGUCUGUAUGUAAACAUGUAUUGUUUCUAUAAGUAGUAUAAGAUCUUUACACGUAAUCGUUUAUUGGAUCUCUCUCUGGUCUGAAAUGACUUUUGUUUACUUGAAAUAUUUUAUGGACACUUUAUUUUUGUUAGCGUUGUUGUUUUUUUACUCUAAGUCAUGUUAGCUGUUUGGCAGAUGAAACCGAUUCGUUCGAUAUCUUUGGGUUUUGUUGUUUCAAGCUCUUAUAUCAAACUUUAUAUUGCUGCAGCUUCAUAUUGCUGGAUAAGGAUCCAGUCCUGAACACACAAGCACUUAGAUCAACUUUUAUUUUUUAUUAUAUAUUCACACACGUUAAUACAGAAGUGUUAUCAGAUCUUGAAUGGUUUCCUGCGCAUAAACCCUUUAACAGUGCACGUCAUACAGAAACUUUAGCAUUUAAUAUCUUCAUUUGUUUGGUUGUUUUAUGUGUAGGAAGACAAAAGAACAUGCUGGAACAUAAAGAUGGUGGCAUGCAAUGUUAUAAAUGAGAUAAAGGUUUCAAAUGAAAUGUCUUACGUUGUGUUAAUAUUUUUGACAACAACACACUUCUGUGAUCUUUUCCCCUGAACCGGAUUUAACCGUGAACAUUACGACUCUCUCGCUGUAGACUCCAUGUUAUUUUUGUCUGUUUAUCUCUGAUCUCCUGUCAGAUGCUGUUGUGUAAGUCAUAAAGGAGAGCAGAUUGCGCCUUAGCCAUCAGUUUGAGUCCAAACUCGAACAUAGUGAAAUAUCUUUUCUAGCUGUGAUCCUGUAAUAUUCCUUUCAAUCUGUAAAUGUCGUUGAAUAUAGCUGUUGCCGUGAGUUCAGAGGAUUGAAUCUGUUUGUUCAAUGAUCUUUUGGGCAUGAGUGUGUCUUACACCUGCCUACAGACAUCAGGUACACAGUGUUGGCUUCAGUGAAUAAAAUGCUGUAUUUAAUCCUC